CGAUGGAAUUGCUUGUGGCUAUCCAGCCCGACUGAUUCAUCGCUCCAUUCCAUCGAUCUACGUAGCCCUCGCUAAUGGAAUGCACCAUAUUCCUUGUCAUAUUGGCGAACCGAUGAACCACCGAUGAACGACACAAGUAAGUGUGCGCGGAGGAAGGAUAAAUAGCGGAGCAUCCAUCACAAGCAUUCUUUCUCAUGUUGGAGGUGCUUUGUUCAACGGCGUCGACAUGUCUGUUCCUUCAUCCGCAGCCAAGUCCGCUGUUCGCUUCAUUGGGUGAUGGACGACCAUGUCUGAUGCUGCAACUGCCGAUGACGGCCGUCAGGUGAGGCUGCAUUGCUGCAAAAUAAAUUGACGCCCUGCAAUGUUGUGUGUUGGAUCAUCGGCCACUCGUUUGUGUGUAUCGUUGCAGGCCAAUCGAGGCCGCACCGCCGAGCCGUCAUCUUCUGCUGCUGGUACUCCUGGUGCUGCGAGCGAUGAGGAGCGGCGACGGGCACAGAGAGAGGAGAGGGAGAGGGAACUGAGGCAGCAGAUCUCAGACGCGGUGAGGAAAUCACGCAGACACAAUGGGGACGGAGGAAGGCUCACUGUCGCUCUUUCUGGUCGUUUUGUGCAGCCGGGUCUGCUCACCUGCAUCACGGCCUUCCUCCCCCUCUGUCUACUCGUCCAGCUGUCCGGCAAGACCUGGAAGCACUCACUGCCGAAGCAUCACACCGUCACCAUCGACAGCAGUCGCGCUGCCGAGCGGCGCAUCUGGCAGCGUGUCCCUCUAGAUCUGGUCACCAAAUGGGCGGUCCGGCUCACACGACUGACAGCUAUCGUCUUGCGCUAUCCCAUGGACGCCGCCCUCUGGUGCAUCGACAUCUUCAUCGCCAUGAUCGAGGGGCACGUUGCCGGCCGCCGGGCAGCCAGCAUGCAGGGCGGUACGCUGAGGACAAUCCAAUUAUUGGAGGGCUACCAGCUAAGCAGGAGGGAGAUGUGGUCACUGCAGCGAGGCAACCCGCCCCUCCCGUCACUCCUGCAGCCACCGCCUUCCCUUAAUGCCCUCGAGACUGUCAGCGGCGUGACUUUAGCUCAUUCCGGCCUGGCCAACAGAGGCUGGCUGAUGCCGUCACUCGAGCGCCGUGCCCAGGAGGGGUGGGGUGCGAGUCAUGUGGGGAGGUUCAUCGGCUCGUCCCAGUCGCUGCGGCGUGUGGAUGGGAUAUUUGAGGGUGACGAGUGGGCGGGGGUGUUUGAGCGCAUGCCGGUGGCAGUGGCCGGGCAGCCGGGGCCUCUGGCACGUCUGGAACGCAUCGGCACGGUCGUCCUCAGCGCCAAUUCUAACGCUGCUCGCGCUGCAGCGGUAGACCGACUCCGGGUAAUCUACCGACACAUGUGAAGGAUGAUGCAUGUGUUGCUCUUCUAUGGCCUCUCUCUCUCGCUCAUGUGUGCCUUUCAGGCAGCGCUGUGGUCGCGUGGAUGCCGUCGAUCGCUCACCGAGCUGACACUGCAGAUGGGCUUCCGAGUCGGUCGACAGCAGUGUUCUUCCCCUCAUGCAGUCGGUGGAGUCGCUGCACAGGGCAUGCUGCCGACCCGACACCCUAGUCACAUUACAGAGCUCGCGUGUCGGUAAUUUCGAGUUGUCCCUCUUCUACAGCGACGAUUUCCCCCCCAAUCCUUCGACCCUCUUCAAGACCAUCAUGCGGCAGCUUGCGCGGCGAGCGAAGGGCGUGGUGUACACCAUCACUCAGCAUGACCUCACGCACCCCGUCGACAGCCCCAGCGAUGCGGCCGUCGACGUCGCAUCCAGCCUCUCAUUCGAUCGGGCUAAGAAGGUGUCUGUGCAGGCCAACAUCAACCCACCGCCACCCCACACCCCCUCGCCCCAGCCCACCAUCAUCGAGCACCUGCAGCCAUUCCCGCAGGCCGAUACGCUGCGAAUCCACGGCAGGUUGAAUGCGAGUGCCGGCCGUCUUCUGGCUGACAAGUUGGCCAACCAGGUGGCCGAGGUCGUCACCGUGAGGGUGCCUGCCGCUGAUGCGCUGGGCGUCUUGGGGGGGCUGGGGGGAGGGAGGGUUGUGCGGCAGGUGGCGAUUGAUCUAGGGGAGCUGGGGACGGACGAGAUCGUGGUUCCUGCUGCCGGCCUGACCAAUCUGCCGAGGAUAGACAAACUGUGUUUCAGUUGCUUAGCGCCUGGUAAGCCAAGACAAUCGUGCGAUCCAUCCUUCUUGUCCAUUGCCGUCUCGUCUACUUGUGUGUUCAGUGCCUGUGGAGGAUGCUGGCAGUCGCAUCCGUGCCGCCUUCACAUCCGCCCUCCUGUCGGCCCUCUUCGACCACAUCCCCGGGUUGCAGAGUGUGGCCUUGUCGGUCGCCUGGAGUGUCCCAGAUGACCUGGUGGCAUCCAUGCGUGCAGCCUUCACUGACGGCUGGACGAUCGGGCGCUUCCCGGUGACAAUGGCGCGAGGCACGUCUUACGUCAGGUACGAUAAAGGCGGGUCUGCCUGUCAAUGCGUACGCGCGCGCGCGCGCGUGGUCAGAUUAAUCGUGUUUGCGAGUGGCGGUUGAUUGGAGCUGACCAGAGAGGGCGGACAACGACACUGCUUGAUUGAGGCGGCUGUGUGGGUGGGUGUACAUAGAAAGUGGCGGGCAGAGACGCGGCGACCAACACCGCCCAUCAGGCACUCACUGCAGUGCAUAGACACGGUGUGUUGCGUGGAGUGUGGGUCGGUUGCUGCUGCCUGGCCUGCCUGCCGCGUUGAUGCGUAGACGACAGACAUGAUGGU